UCCACGGUGUCUCCAUAUGCACUGUUACCGCAGGGAUGAUGUUGGAAAUGUGUACGCUCGUCAGCUUCCCCAGAGUAGCCAGAGAGAGACUGGAGGGACAGCAGUUGGAGGUUCAGAAUGACUGCUCUGAGGUGUGGCCAGGUCAAUACGUUCACGUCACUCUCAAGACAAAUCCAAGCUACUGUGGAGUCGCCUGGACAAGCACUUACCAAGUCCCAGAAUGUAACAGCAGAGAUCUUCGGAAUAACAUUCCAGAAUGCAUCACUGGGAGGCUAGUGUACACUGUGGACGCAGACAGAAAGGAGCUGGCUGUGUCUGUCUCAGACAUGUUGGAGGAUAAAGACUAUCACCUGAGAUUGUGUCACAGAAAAGCCUACACCUGUAGAGACACAGGGGCCAGCACACUGAUCAGAAAGGAGGAUGUGCUGAAGAAUACUACUCUGCAGUAUUCUACACCUAUGCCCUGUCUCUGUAUCGAGGGCUGGUCUGCCACCUCUGAUGCACCCAGAGUUCAAGUCUUUCCCUUCAGAGACCAUCUGGAGGAGUUGUGGUCCGGCAUUAACUUUGACCCGGUGGAGGAGCUGUUGUCAUGGGAACCGGCGUGUCCUGUUGCUGCGGUGAUCUCACUGUGCCAAAAACAAGGGGACGAUGAGUGCGACGAUCUGGCUGGUUCAUCACAGACCCUCAACAGUGAAAAGAUAACAUUCUCCACAGUGGAUCCACACCCACAGCUUUGCAUGAAGUUUACCACAGAUUCUGGAUCCUGGAUCCGGUGCCCCUUUGCAGAUGGGAAUUUCCAAGCUUGGGACCUGGGUGUCGACCAGAUGCGGCUGGUUUUAACGUCACGGGUCAGAGCACCCCUCUCUCUUCAUGUGUGUGUGAAGACGGGGACCUCUGCAUGCCACCCAGAACACACACUCCCUGUACAUGUGGAGAAAUCUGCUAAUCUCAACCUGACUGUGGACGUUUGCCUACCAAACACCUGCGUCCAGGUGAAGAGGCUUAACGUAAAGUAUGCUGUCACCAUCCUUCAUUGCCAUAUACGAUGCUUGGACCAAGCUGAUGCCCGUGCCCCUGCCAUGGUUGGGCAAACCCCGGCCUUGCAAGGCUACUUGGAGCUGAUCUGCGUAGUGGUGCCAGCUGUGGCCUGUCUCACUGCUGCUGUCAUAGUGGCAGCUCUAGUCGUCAAAGCCCUACUAACUGGUAUGUAUCCACCUCUCCCUAACUGA